AUGAAGGUUGCCAGCCUUUUCUCGGGAGCAGGGGCGCUCGACCUGGGGCUGCACCAGGUGCUGACCUCUGCGUUCCCGGGGGUGCACAUCACCGAGGAUGUGGCUGCCCUCGAGCGUUUGCCCGAGGAGACAGAACUGCUGGCUGCCGGGUUCCCCUGCAUCGACGUCAGCCGGGCGGGGCUGCGCCGGGGUCUAGAGGGCAAGUCCACGGGCCUCGUGCGCCACGUCUUCCGCCUGCUGCGCGUCGCGGCCCGAGCCCGCCGCCCUGUGCCCUGGGUCCUGCUGGAGAACGUGGAGGCGCUGCUGGACCGCGCCAACGGCGAGCCCCCUGUGAUGCAGUACAUCGCCCGCCAGUUCCAGGAGCUUGGGUAUGGAUCCUGGGCGUACCGGGUGGUCAACUCCGCAGGCUUUGGGCUGCCCAACCGCCGCCGGCGAGUGUUCAUUGUGGCCUCCAUGCACGGCGAUGCCCGGGACGUGCUCCUGGCCCAGGGCGCCAUGGGCUGCCCGGGGUCCUGCAAGCACCUCUUCGACGGCCAGCUGUGCUACAGCUGCUACUGCUCCUCGGAUCGGUCGGCGCGGGAGGUUUCCUACGCCAUCGACCUCGGCAACGCGAUCUCGCCGGCGGGGGAGGACGUGGUGCCCACAUUCACCACCUCAAAUGACCGCAUGCUGCUCCUCCUUUCCUCCGGGCUCAGCGGCAUGUUGCGCUGUGAUGAUGCCGAGCGGCUGCAGGGCUUGCCGGAGGGCUACACCAAGCCCUGCUGGCCGCUGGCGGGGCCGGGGCUGGGGGGCCACCGCCUGGCGCGACCCCGGGACGUGGAUGCAGAGACAGCGGCCGCCAAGCGCUGGGAUCUGCUGGGAAACGCGGUGACCGUGCCAGUCGCGCGCUGGCUGGGGGAGCGCCUGGCCCAGCCCUACGCCUUCAAGUACCAGACCGCGGGGGUCAGCAACCGGCGGAUGGAUGCACUUGUCCGGGAGGGAAUGGCAGAUGCCGGGCCGGAAGCUGGCAGGCCUUCCCCCAACCUGUGGAGCUUUGUGUGCCUGGAUGAGCUCCAGGAGGCGGUGCUCUUCCCCUACCUGCUGUCCCGCCCAAAGCCCGCCGUGGCCGGCGAGGUCGAGGCCGAGGGCGUGGAGGCCCCCCUCCCCGACCUGACCACGGGCGACUGGCUGGACCCCGCCACCAAUGCGGCCCGCGAGGCCACGGCCGAGGUCAUCCUGGCCCAGACCGAGGAGGCGGGCCGGGACCGGGAGCUGGAGAAGGACAUGUUUCAGGCAGCGCUGGUGCAUCGGGCGCGCAAGGGGCAGCUGUCGGGCGUGGCCCGCCUGCAGAUCCCCUGGGACAAAGAGGCCUGGCCCCGCGCCGGGUGGUGGGUGCGUGGCUUGGGCGCGUUUGCGGUGGAGGACAUGUCGGAGCACCCCGUGCCCACGCCCUUUCUACCGCUGGGGGACUUCAUCGGAGAAGUGGGGAGGCCGGCCAGGCCCGAGGAGGUUGACUCCUACCUGCACAGGAUGCAGGAGCGGGGGUGGGACGCCUCGAACACCGUCGCGAAGUUGCUGAAGAACAAUGCACGCUUCUCCUAUGAGGUGCGCAACAUCUCGCGCCUGCCGGGCCUGCUCUCGGACGCCGACAUGAUCGGCCCCCUGUGCUGGGCGCUGGACCCUCAGUCGGGCGCAUGGUGGCCUGUGGAGGUCCUGGACCCCAUGUCGCUGCCCACAGGCCGGACGCUGCCGCCCGAGGCACUCGCAGAUCUCAGCUCCGAGCAGAGGGUUGCCUCCCUGCCGUCGCACGCCGCCUCGGCUGCCAUGGCCCAGCAAGUGGCGCCAGAAGACAAGCGGGUGUUGGUCAACUACCUCCCAGUGCAUGGCGCCGUCUGGCAGUGGCGCCAUCCGGACGACCUCAUCCCAUACGAGGCAAACCUUGCAGCCAAGGAGAGCGCCGCAUCUGCGGCCAUCCGGUCGGGCAAGUUCAAGCACGCUGAGAAGCUGAGCCAGGCGCUGGCAGACGCGCGCGCCUCGCUGUCUAUCCUGAAGGGUCGGCACACGCUGGAGGGCGACCGCAUGCGGCGCACGCGCGCCGCCGCGGCCGCCUCGGCGGUGAAUUUGAAGCAGCGCUGUGGCGGCUGCAAGACCUGCAUGAACCUGCUGGCGGGGCAGCGCCGCUACGAGUGCCUGACGCAGCGCAUGAAGGCCGCCGCGCUGUCCGGCCACGCCGGCGCGCAGCUUGCAGUGUGCCGUGAGGACGCGCUGGGCGCGCGCGUGCGCGUGUGGUGGGACGGCGACGCCACCUUCUACUCGGGCGUGGUGGCGCACUACGACGCCGUCAGCACCGAGCACACCGUCUGCUAUGACGACGGCGAGGUGGGCAUGCACAAGCUGUGGCAGCAUGACGAGCGCAUCAACGUGGAGUCGGGGGUGGAGGAGUGGCCGCGGGAAGCCGAGGCGGCCAGGCAGAAGCUGCGCACCGCACACGACCUGCUCCGCGACAAGAAGCGCGUGGGCUCCCCGCCGUCGGCAGCCCAGCUGCCGGCGCUGGGCCUCAGCGACUAUGAGCAGAAGCGGGCAGAGCUGGUGCGCCGCAACCGGCUCAUGUUCGAGCAGACGCUGGCAAACGGAGGGGAAGCGGGGUUGGAGGGGCCGGGCAGCGGCGAAUCUGGCGUCGCGGCGCCAGGGGAGACGGCCGUGGAGGGGCCCGCGAGCCUGGCAGGGGGAGCAUCAGGGCCGAGCCAGGACUGGUCUGGAGGCGGCCAGCGGCCAGAGGCAGUGGUGUCGGUGUCCCUCCCUGCAGGCGCGCCUGUCCAAUCCGCCCCAAAGCGGAAGCACUCUGCCAGCGGCAAGAAGGGCGGCAGCAAGAAGAAGAAGGCGCACGGCGGCGCGGCCACGUGCCCUGCCAAUGGAGCCAAGGCGGGCAAUGCCCUGGACGCUGAGCAAGGGCCCGCGACGCCGACGCCCACCCAGCCCAGGAGGAGCCUGUGCGUGCUGUGUCGGAAGACUGGGGGCACAGCCUGCAUGGUGUCGUGCGUGGGGUGUGCAGCGGCGGAUGUUACGCCGCCCACGCUCUCCCACUCCACGUGCCGAGGCCGCGAGGCGGCGCGCAAUGACGAGGACCCGCUGCAGGACUGGAGGUGCCCCAAGUGCCGCGCAGCGCAGCGAGAGCUGGGACCCGAGCAUGCGCUGCGGGGGCUCGCCGAGGCGGUCCUUGUGGCGGCCUGA